UCGGCAGCAGGUAGUGACUAGUGAGCUCAGUGCGGGGAGAGCGAGAGGAUGGGGUCGGCUGCGUUGCUGUGUCUGCUGUUGGCGACUCUGCUUUGUCUGCUGGAGGGUCGGGUGGUGCCCGCGGCUGAGGAAGGCUUUGCCGAGUGCAAUGAGUUCUUCUACCAGAGCAGCCCUCCCCAGGGAUUCGGCGACCCUUCCCAUGUCAAGAUCUGCCAGAAACACAACGGGGACAAGCGCUUCGCUACUCUGUACAGCACCAAGGACAAGAUCCCCGUCUAUUCCGCUUUCUCCUACAGGGAGGCUGCUGCCAGCGCUGGGGGGGACUGGCUCAUUGAGCCCCAGCUGGACGAUGCAGGGAGCAGUCGGGAUGAAGGGACCAGCAGCGCUGACAUCUCCGACCCAAUUGAAAAUCUUGGUACAAACCAGGCCUUGGAAGGAGAUUAUGCCUCUUCAGAUUACCAGCCCGGACCUCUAUUUCAUAAAGCUCCGAACGCCCUCACUAAUAGCGUUCCUCUAACCAAGAGCUUCCUGGAUAAGUGGGCCGCAGACGUUGAUGAGCUUGUUAAAGAACGUUUGCUUCCUCACUGCGGCAAUGGAGAUGGCCUACAUCUUAUUGUUGGAGCUGUACCUUCUGACGUGAAAAUAAAUGGCAAAGUGUCGGUUCCAGGGGCCGUGUGGCUUGCCGCCUGCUGUAGCUCCCCCGACUCUUGGUCAAUGGGGAUCAUCAAGAGAACUGCCGAUGUAGACAACAUAGAUGAAGUGAGCGUGGAGGAACUGGAGGAGAAACUUCUUGGAGGAGCAAAAUUGUUCUCCAGCCAGUGUGGAGGAGGCGCUGGCCAUCCCGAUCAGAAAGAGGUCUCAGAAGCCCUCACCGACGCCGACCCUCAAGCUAAAGCCUCUGGACCCUUUUUUAGAUUUAUUCAGUUCCUUGUGUGCAUUGUGUAUGAAAUAGUGAAAGGUCUGUUGUGUCUGGUGUGGUUCCUUGUCAAACAGAUGUGUAACCUGGUGUUUGGAAGAGUGUACUGGAUCUGGACCGCAGUCACCACCUAUAUUUUUGCAUUAUGCAAAGUUCUCCUGAACAUUCCGUGCGAUGUUCUCCAGGUGUUUGGCAAUGUUAUCUGUGGCUUGGUGCGGAUCCUUAACAAUAUCUGUUCUGUGGUUUGUCUUAUACUGAGGAUACCAAUGAGGUUCCUUAGUGACAUGGCCAGCUUUCCAUACUAUACUCUCUGUGCCAUUCCCAAUGUUGGUCUGGACAUCUUAGGUGGCAUCUGGGGUGUCUUUGCUUUAAGCUUCACAGCAGUGUUUGGGGCAUUUGGUGGAUCAUUCUCGGUUGCAUCGUUUGCAGGCAGCAGCUUUUUCCAGAGGUUUGUAGGACAGUCUGAGGGAUACGAAGGCUGAUCCGGGAUAGGGAUCAGAAUUCGGUCAAUAACGUUGAUUGAUUAUUUUAUUCUGGCACUUUACUGAAAGUCAUUUGUAUUUUCUGUGGGAUCCAUACCGAUUUACUUUUUGUUUUUUGUCAUGUAGAUCUUACGUUUUGUAUCCAUGAAAAUUUCUUUAGAUGGGACGCAGGCUUUGAGUAAAUUGGCCAGGAACGGGCAGCUGCUUUGGCUCUUAUCCAUCUGGGUUAUGGUGAUUUGGGAACUUAUUUUGGGGGUGUUUAUUGGGGCUCUGUGGCGAACUAUUAGAAACAAACUCUGUAUUUGGUGGGUUUGUGUUGAAGGGUGAAGCAGGUAUUUUUUCUUCUCAUUAAAUGUCCCAUGCAGAACGACCCAAUACAGAAGACACAGAUGUCUCCUGACCUUCCCCAUCAGCAGCUUAAUAAUAAUAAUAAUAAUAGAAAUAAAAAAAUAUUGAAUUGUAUGCCAAUUAGAGAUUGCAGUUGUAUGGAUUCAGGCUAGAGAGUUUUCACAUCUAAAUAUAGGAAAUCAAUGACUAGUUGAUGAGAGGGAUUGGAUCUCAUUUCCAAAGUCAAAGCAUUAAAUCCAGGAUAAAGCUGGCGUGUGCCAUAAUGCUGCCUAAUCCACAGGCACUGAAAUGUCAUAGGGAGGGCAAAGCAGAAAUAGGCACCAGCUCUGGAUGUGUCCCUUUUUCUAUCUGUUGGAGCAAUGGCCCCAUACAGUCAAUUGCAAGGGUUUGGGAUUCAUUCUACCUGAUUGAGUUAUAAUACAUAGAAUUUAGACUAGAAUCAUAACGCUCCAAUUCACUUGAGCAUUCCUGCAGAAUUUGCAGAAUAUAGAGUCCCCAACCAGUAGCUCGUGAGCAACAUGUUACUCACCAACCCCAUGGAUGUUGCUCUCAGUGGCCUCAAAGCAGGUGCUUGUUUUUGAAUUCCAGGCUUGGAAGCAAGUUUUCAUUGCAUAAAAACUAAGUAUAGUGCCAAGUAGAGUCUCCUGUAGGCUGCUAGUCCACAUAGGGGCUACUAAAUGGGCAAUCAAAGCCCUUAUUUGGCAACGCAAGGGACUUUUUCAUGCUUGUGUUGCUUCCCCACUAUUUUUACAUCUGCAUGUUGCUCACGGGGACCCCUGAUAUAGAGGAUGGGGCUGUCAUCUUACCUGGCUCCUUUGGGCGGAACAACUGCACCCCCUAUGGAUCCUUGUUAGGGAAUUAUAUUAAAAGGAAGGUGAUAAAGAGACAAUGGAAGUUUAGGGAAGGCUGAAAGUGCACAAGGAACUAGUAAGGAACUAUUGCAGAUCUGGGCUUGCGGGACACACUGGGUUUUUUCAUGGUGUCCCGCAAACACCUUCAUAAAGGCUAAAGGUAAUAAAGAAAAGCGAGCAGAAGGGGCAGUGAGGGUGAAUUUCUUUUGGGGGGAGGGGUAGACAAAUUGGCUUUAAUUUUUAGUACACAGUUUUUUUUUUAUAGAGGAAACAGAUAAAAAUAACCACAAAAAAAAAGUAUUGUCAAAUUAUUGUAACAUGGUUUAGACCUCCUUGUGCCACAUGAGCUGCUCUUAGGUUUUCGGAUCAUAGUUGUGUAAUCACAUCUUCAUAGAAACUAAAGGGAAUAAAGGAAAGGGAACAUUUCGAAAAAAGGGCAGUGAGGGUGACUUUAUUUUGGAGGGAGGGGUAGGCAAAUUGGCUUUAAUUUUCAGUGAACAGUUUGGUUUAGAGCAUGUAGAAAUUGAGCAGGCACUUCUAGGAACCAAUCUUCCAGGCAGACUUUUCAGUUAAAAAGUAAUUAUUUAUUGGAGAGCACUAGGACACAACGUAAUGCGUUUCGUAUCAACAGGAUACUUAAUCAUAGGCUUAAUCAUAGAGCCUAUGAAGUGCCUGCUCAAUAUCUACAUACGGUUAUCCGCUCCCUCAGCUGAAGGUUCAGGGCGUUGCACCUGGACCCCUUCCUUAAACUGGUGAGUGUUUUUCACCUGAAAAGACUUACUGCAAUUUACCCAUCGGUGUUUAUGAGCCUAAUUCAGUUUUUUUAGAGCAAACAGAAGAAAAAUAAAUGUGUCAAAUUAUUCUAACAUGGUUUAGACCUUGUGAGCUGCUCUAAGGUUUUUGGAUGAUAGUUGUCUUAUCACGCCGAGAGUGUUCCACCAAUCCCAGGACAUUGCUCCUAUAAUUUCUCCCUUUACUUUUGGAAAUAUAUUCUAUGUUGUUACUCAAGUGCUCUCCCCGUGUUUCCUAGACCAAUAUAAGUCUGACUUGGGAGACGCUCAGAGUUUCCUAACCUUGUAAUACCCGUGUCCCGGUCAAGUGGUUGUUAACGAGUAGUAGGAAACUUUAGUUCGACUCUAUAACUAUAGGAGGGUGCAAGUGUCCAUGUUCCAUGUACAGAGAAUUCGGCAUAGUCACGGAACCGAUACAUUCUAGGUUUGGAUCACUGCUUCUCGCCUUAUGGACUUUGCCUUUUUUAUUUGAUAUAUUUUGCUGACAUUGAUUGUUUCUUUGUUUUCUUUGAAUAAUAUGUACCUUUGUUCUGUAUUGCACUGAUGAGAGACGAGAACAAGUGGACUUUUUACCGAUACCUGUAAUUGUAUUAAUAUUAAAAAUGGGGGAGGGGGGGGUCAGAAUCUGAUUUGCAAAGUGAUGGAUGAAUUGGGCCAUCAUUAUUUAUUGUACUUCCAUUGUAUACAGCCCUGCGACUGGUCUCUUGCAGUUACGAUUCAUAAAGUAGUCUGCUUUCUGCAUGCCAUACUGUUUGCCCUGGAUAGAGAUGCCCCACGUACCGAGAUGGCAGAUGGAGGCUUCCAAAUUGUCCUCCGUCACCCCAAGAAUGGGAUGGGAACAGACUUCCCAUCUUAUCAAAUGAUAUUUGUAUGGUCUAGGAUAAUUGUAGGGUAUUUGUACAGCCAAUGAGAGGGGAUUUUGUCAUGGUCUAUUAUAAAAUAAAUAAAGGAUUAUGGGAAGCUCUUGGCCAGCCUGAGAAAUGAGCAGCAUAGAAAAGGCUUAAACUACAAACUGAUACAGUAACACUUUCUAGGAAUGUAGGGGCUCACAAAGCAAAAAGGUGAAUAAUAAUGAAAUAUUACCUGUUCUAGUAACUGUUAAAAGUGUUACUAAUAACCCAGUUUUGCUUCGUAAUCCUGGUUAACCUUUCUCUAAAUUGUUACUAUCUGAUACAUUAGUUGCCGGCAUUUCUCUUCGUUUUGCACUCUACUGAGCAGGCUCCCUGAAUCCAAGCUGGUACAAUUUGAUACAUUAGUUGCUGGCAUUUCUCUUAGUUUUGGCCUCUACUGAUUAUGCUCCCUGAAUCCAAACUGUUACAUUCUGAUACAUUAAUUGCUGCCAUUUCUCUUAGUUUUGGACUCUACUGAGCAUGCUCCCUGAAUCCAACCUGGUACAAUUUGAUACAUUAGUUGCUGCCAUUUCUUUCAGCUUUGGCCUCUACUGAUUAUGCUUCCUGAAUCCAAACUGUUACAUUCUGAUACAUGAGUUGCCGGCAUUUCUCUUAGUUUUGGCCUUUACUGAGCAUGCUCCCUGAAUCCAACCUGGUACAAUUUGAUACAUUAGUUGCUGCCAUUUCUCAUAGCUUCAGCCUCUACUGAGCAUGCUCCCUGAAUCCAAGCUGUUACAUUCUGAUACAUUAGUUGCUGGUGUGUCUGAGCUGCGUUUGUGAAACACCAGCAACUAAUAUAUCUAAUUGUAUUGGCCACCUGAUUUCCUGUUACUGGGGCCAGAGGGGAUCCAAAGCAAAUGUCUUCUCUCUAUCCUACAGGAGUUGCACUGGGUUUCCAAUACAGUAUAAAUUUGGGGGUUAAAGUAAUAUGUAACAUGUGAUGCAGGUCCAGCGGGGGGACAUUAACUGGUCUGCUGUGGGUUAAUAUAACUUUACACCUGUUAUUACAUAACCCCCUUUUUUUUGUAUCACAUAUGUAUUUCGAUUGGACGUUUGUGUGUUUCUGGUCGUGCGGCCGGACUGUACUUGUACAUACUGUCAGUAUUGCUUGCUUCGUUUACUCAACUCCCGACGUUUUUUUGUCAUUUCUUAAACAUCCAAAUGGAAGCUUUUAGGCUGUGCACUUUUUCUCAAACAAUAAAUUAGAAUUUGCGUACCUUCA